UGAGUCACUCUCUCUCUCUCUCUCGCUCUGGUCCUACCUUGGCUAGGGUUCGAUAAUCGACAAUUGUGAAGCAGUGUUUAGUUCUAGGCUCGGAGUCGUUGCCUUCCAUUGUUCCUUUCUUCGGCGCCGACAACCCUCGAUCGUAAUGGCAGCACCAUCAGGACCUUAUUCUGGUACCAGCACCCUAGCCUUGGUCGCUCGGGCUUCUGCUUUCUCCUUUGGCAUUGUUUAUGGAAGCAUUAAACUCAAGUACCUUAAGGCAAAAGCCAAGUCUCAUCAAAAAGCGCACGCCAAGUCUCAGUCUCAGUCUCAGUCUCAUCACUGAAAGCAUUGAAAGAUCCGUGGGGCUAUCUAUCCCAUGGACGGAGUAGAAUACUGAAAUAAUUCAUGACAAGGAACUGUACCAUGUUUUCUCCCAUUUUUUCUGGUUUAAGCUUUGGAUCAUCCUGAAGCAUUGAGUUUAGUGCACUAUGAAAAUGUUCAAGAUUUUGCUUUGUUUUAAUAAAUACCAUAUCUUCUUUUGAGUUUCAUGUUUAUAUUGCAAGGUGCCUGCUAUGUCUUUGUUGUCAUGUGACAUGUGCUUGCUUAAUGGUUAUGCAUUUUGAAAUUUU